AUGGAGUUGGAACAACGAAUUUCCAACUGGCUGCCAGCCCUGGACAAGGAGACUGUAGAGCUGACAGUCCAGAAGCUGCAGCAAUGUGGUGUAGAGUCCCUGGAACAUCUGAAGUAUGUGGUUGAAGAGGACUUGCAAUUUUUAAAGCCCAUCAGCAGAAGGAUUCUUCUUGAAAGGUUUCACUCAGCGGCUACGCCUAACCCACCAGUGUCACUUUCUCCAAACGACAUUCAAUCGCCUACAAGCACACAGGGUGCAAGCUUUUCUACACCCUGGGAGGUUUUCCCACCACAACUUAUGAAGGCUUGCCAAGAAGGGAAGCGUCCAGUAAAGACCGACUUGAAUGAAAUGGUACAACUUGUGAGUGACCAUAUUCUUGCCAUAAUUAGGAAGCCAGGUCGCAAGAUCUUGAGGGCCAUCGCAGCUGAAAUUGUCAGCCAUUACCCGAAGACAUUCGAGGACACCCUAAAUGGGGCAGUAAUUGGCUCGGGUAUUGAGACACUCUUGUGGAAACUUGAAAACUGUGUUAACAACAAACGAAGGCCAAGCUCUGAGCAGCCACAUCAGUUCGAACCGGACGAUGAACUGGACUUGCGUGUCAAACGAGUGAAGAUUCAGAGAGACUCGUAUGGGUGUGUGGCAUGGCAACCAAAGCUUCCAUCUGACGAGACAGCUGACUCACAGGAGAAUAAAAAAGACGACCUGCUGUCGCAGUUCAGGCUUGCGUUUCCAGAUUAG